UGCAGUUGUCUAACAGCUGCCGAGCAGCAGCCGAUUUAAUCCUGCCCACUGUUGUCACCGCUAAUUGGAGGAGACGUGUCACAUGACCUUAAGUUUGGUGUUGACGUUAGCAGAGUUAGUUGUGACACGAGAGGCAUCCAGGAACACAGGAAUGGGUCAAGAAACAGGCAAGUCUGCAUGGCCCAAGCCAGCUGGAGGAUACCAGACCAUCUCAGGCAGGAGAUACGGCCGGAGACACGCAUACAUUAGCUUCCGCCCGGUUACAGUCAAACGCAGAGCCACAUCCACUGUGGACUGUCAGAGCAUGAAGAGGACCAGUAGUCAUAAGGACCAUGCAGUGGCCUCAAAGGGCAACAUUUCUUCAGUGCUUCAGACCAUCAUCCCAAUGGCAUCCUCAAAUUCACUGCGGCCUGAUUUAAACGCAACAUCAAAUCGGGAUGGCCAUAUCAGGAAACAGUCCUUGUUGUACAAAGCCCUAAAAGCCCCCUCGAACCAUUUCAAGAGACCAAAAAGUGACCAAGUUGUGCCAUAUGAGAGUAACUAUCAUUCUGAUAUAGAUAGAAAUAAUCAGACAAGAGUUUGGCCCCAACAUGAAGAACCCAAGACCCUAACAAGCCCUGAAGUUCUGAGCUAUAUCAACAUUGACGCCUAUGAGCCUGACAGUAGUGGUGCUGAGGAGGAGGACUUGAGUUCAAACCCAUCUCAGGCUGCUCAGGAGAAGAGACUUGAUGGUUUGAUUUGCGAACUGGGAGUAAAUGUAGAUUCCCUUGAAGAUUCAGAACAUUCACCACAAGUGGCACCUUCUAAAACAUCAACAGAACUCAGUUGUGGGGAACCAGAUUCACGCAGAACUGUAAAAGCAAACAGGAAAGUUGCUCAGUUGUUGGUUGGUGAAGACCAUGUUCCGAAAUGUCAAGGGGUGACAGCCAGCGCCGGCCCCGUUUCCUUCAAAAAUGUAGGAAAUACGGAUCCUGAAGAAAUAUUUCAGUCAGAAAUGGUCGUAAGGCCAAAGAUCCGCAAACAGACGAGCGAGACACGCCUUGAAAGGAGGAAACGGCCUGAAAAAGAGGAAAAGGGUCAUUUGUCAGGCUCGGUGGUCAGAAACAAAUGUGGCUCGGCACCUCCGGGUUUCCUCGCACAAACAAGCCCUGAAAGGGAGUUCCUCUUUGAUUUCCCACCCUUGACCCUGAACGACCUCAACCCUCUGCAGAGGACACGAGAGGAUGGUUGCAACACUACAAAAGAUGACGAUGAUGAUGAGAUCUGGGAAGAUCUAAAGAACUUUGGAGAGAAAAGGGUGGACAUAUCUGAAAAGGGCCAUGAAAGCAGCAGCGAAGAAUGCAGCGAGGGCGAGUGGUCGGCCUCAUGGACGUCUGACUCGGGGCUGGAAAAGGAGAGGUGCACCAGUGAAGAAAGCUGGGAGACUCUGCAUGGCAUGGAUGAGCUGCCUGGUUGCAGCAGCAGUAGCAGCAGUCUGGAGGAAGUGCCUUCUCUCAACCUCGCUCUAGAGGAGCAGACCCCUCUGGAAGAGGGUGAGAUCCCCUGGCUGAUGUACAAUGAGGACUCGGGCAGCAGCAGUGAUGAGGAUCCGGAUGGUGUGAGUCAGUUUGUCCACCCUGGACUCUUUAUCCUGGAUGGCAACAACAAUCUGGAAGACGACUCCAGCAUGAGUGAAGAUCUGGACACGGAGUGGAGGUUUCUUGAUGAAUUUAAUGAGGGUUUUGGGAUGGCUCAAGCAAUCUCUUACGUGGAUCAUUCCCAGCUCCUCACUUACAUGGCACUGGAGGAGCGUCUCGCUCAGGCUAUGGAGAUGAACGUGGUACCUUCAGACAUUUGGAAAUCGCUCCCAAGGAUGAACCAGACUUGUGCAGGUCCACAAUUUUUUUUUCUGAGGUCUUUGCUGAUUUCUUUUGAUUUUCCCAUGAUGUCAAGCAAAGAGUCACUGAGUUUGAAGGCAGCACUGGCUCAUCUGGAGUCUUUAGCUGUAGAUGUGGAGCAGGCCCAUCCCCCCGCCACCGAACAGAUCAUCAACUGCCUACCACAGAUCACAGUGCAGGCCGACAACACUGAGCAGGAGCAGUGCUGUGCCAUCUGCUGCAGUGAAUAUGUCAAUGAUGACAUUGCCACUCUGCUGCCGUGCCGCCACAUGUUCCAUAAACUCUGUGUCACUCUCUGGCUCAGGAAGUCUGGUACGUGUCCUGUGUGUCGGCAUGUUCUGACCUCUGCUGAGACCGAAUCACCGUCUUUAAAUUCUGAACAAGACACGUCACCGUCCAAUCACAGCACACCUGGAGGAACAUGCUGAUCUCUUCGCACCCAUCAAUCUAAACAUCCCGCAGAGUAAUAUUCCAAUAAUAAUAAAAAAAAGUAAUCAUAGUUCAACAAAAGAGAUUUCCAUCUGAUAUUUCUUUGCAGUCAGGCUACAGGCCUAGUGUUAAUAAGCAUCGCUUUUAUCAAUUCAACGUCAAAUCUUUAAGUGCUCUGACAAAGCAGCUUCCCAAGAAGGUUGCUACCCUGAACUCUCUCGAUAACAAUUCAGCUAUCCAUUCAGAGGUAAUUCAGUUGGCUGAGGUGCAUUGUAACUUCCUGAUUAAAGCGUACAUACCUGGAAAAUAAAUGAUAAUGGCUGUGCAAUAUAUUUCAUUGCGGUUCAUAAACACAUUUGUAUAAAUCAUUGAAAUGAUGGCCACUGAUUAGGUAGCUUUCACAAAAGCACCUUCAGGAGCAAUAUCAUUUCCAAAAGAAUGUGUGAGAGUCUGAGAGUCUGAACUGGAAAAUAUGAUGGUGCACGACUAUAAAUAUGAGACGGCUUUGUGCCGUUUUUUUUGCAAAGGCAAUUGGCAUGUAUUCAGUGUCAUGUUAUUUAGAGGGGCAGCUCGUAUCAGCUCAGAAUAAUACACAAAGAAAGGCACAGGUGGGUAGCUCACCCAAAUCACUUUCUUUUUUAUUUAUUUUUUUUUUAUUGAAGAUUUCAAUGAAUUAUAUAUAGGAAUCAUACAAGCCAAAGAGUUUCUCUGUAUAUGUGAAAGACACUAUCAACGACUAUGACUAUUAUCAGUUACACUUAAAAUGUAUGUGUAUAAACCAUUCAGCAGUUAUAAAUGGUUAGUGAGAUAUAGAAGGUAUUGAGAACCAGUCACCCAUACACCGAUCAGCAAUAUAAUA